CUCUCGCUCCCUCGCACUUUCCCAUUUCAUUUCUAGCAAAAAAAGAGCAGCUCGUCUUCCCCUCUCGCAUCGGGCUCUUGCUUUUCUUGUUUCUUUCCUAGCGCGGAACCUCGAAAGGAACCUCCUUUUCUCUCUCUCUGUCUCUCUCUCUCUCUGGGCACGCUUUCUCUGUUGGUGUGGCGUUCCCUUUUCUUUCCCUCCUCUCCUCUUUCCCUUUCUGGGUUUCUUUAUUUGUUUGGAGCCUGGUCUGGGUUUCUCCUCCAAGGCUGCUUCUUUUUUUUUUUUGGCGUUAGUGGGGGGUGGUUCUUCUUUAUGGUUUCGGUGGAUUGAGAUACUCGCUCUGGUCUUAGGAGGGGGGGGGGGGGGGAAUCCAAUCCAUGGCUCUGGCGCUUCUCUUCUUGCUCCUGUUGCCGGUCUCUCUUGCUUCCGCGGAUGAAGGUCCCUUCAUUGGCGUGAACAUAGGCACUGACCUCUCCGACGUGCCAAGCCCAACCCAGGUGGUGGCGCUUCUAAAAGCUCAGAACAUACGACAUGUUAGGCUUUACGAUACAGACCGAGCCAUGCUCCUUGCACUUGCUAAUUCUGGCAUCCGCGUCACUGUUUCUGUUCCUAAUGACCAACUACUCGGCAUCGGUCAGUCCAAUGCCACUGCUGCCAAUUGGGUAGCUCGCAACAUCAUAGCCCAUGUCCCCGCCACCAACAUCACUGCCAUCGCUGUGGGGUCCGAAGUCCUAACGACCCUUCAGAACGCUGCACCUGUCCUUGUCUCGGCCAUGAAGUUCAUCCAAUCGGCUCUUGUCGCUUCGAACCUCGAUGGUCAUAUCAAAGUCUCAACUCCACACUCUUCCUCCAUCAUUAUCGACUCCUUCCCACCUUCUCAAGCCUUCUUUAACCGCACUUGGGACCCGGUCAUGGUCCCAUUGCUUAAGUUUCUCCAAUCUACUGGAUCUUACCUCAUGCUCAAUGUCUAUCCAUACUACGACUACAUGCAGUCAAAUGGCGUAAUUCCAUUGGACUAUGCCCUCUUCCGUCCUCUUCCUCCGAACAAGGAAGCUGUCGAUUCCAACACGCUCCUCCACUACACCAAUGUGUUUGACGCUGUUGUUGAUGCGGCUUAUUUUUCCAUGUUGUAUCUAAACUUCACCAAUGUCCCCAUUGUGGUGACCGAGUCUGGCUGGCCCUCCAAGGGAGACUCCUCUGAACAGGACGCAACUCUUGAAAAUGCAAACACUUACAACAGUAACUUGAUCAAGCACGUGCUUAACAAUACAGGAACGCCGAAGCACCCGGGUGUCGCUGUCAGUACAUACAUUUAUGAGCUCUACAAUGAGGAUCUGAGACCGGGCUCCACAUCUGAGAAGAAUUGGGGCCUGUUUGAUGCCAAUGGAGUGCCAAUCUAUAUCUUGCACUUGACGGGUGCGGGAACGGUGUUAGCAAAUGACACAACCAAUCAGACCUUCUGUGUUGCGAAGGAUGGUGCAGACAAGAAGAUGCUCCAAGCGGCAUUGGAUUGGGCUUGUGGGCCCGGAAAAGUUGACUGCUCGCCGUUGUUGCAGGGGCAAGCAUGCUAUGAACCAGACGAUGUUGUCGCACAUGCGACGUAUGCUUUCAAUGCGUAUUACCAAAAGAUGGUGAAAGCUCCCGGCACCUGUGAUUUUAAAGGGGUCGCUACGGUCACCACCAGCAAUCCAAGUCAUGGUUCGUGUAUAUUUCCGGGAAGUAGUGGAAGAAAUGGGACUUCUGUCAAUGGUACUAUUUUAGCUCCAUCGUCUAACUCAACAAGUUCUGGCUGUCCUCCCAAGCAUUUCACUGAUGUUGGUUCGAUCACAAGCUCGGUGAUCGUCGCCAUUUUGUUUCUGGCUCCAGUUCUCUUGUAAAGUUGUGGACUUGAUAUUUGUGCCAUAUUGAUUGAUGCCUUUUUAGAUCUCUCUUUGAAACAUUGAAUUACAAUUCUUCGACGACAACUUGUGGUCUACCCAAUUUUGUGGUUCAUGAAGUGGCGACACGGGUGGGCAAAUGCAGAGGCAUUUGAGCGGUGACUAGCUAGGUGACUCUUCAAUUUUAUUCUGUGAAAGCCAACCGAAGGAAUUGUUGGUGUAACUAUCUUAUUCCUAAGUUCGAUUCUGAAUUAAUUCUUUGAGAUGGACGCGUAAAGUGUGCAUCUGAAUGUCAGGCAAAUCAGGCCAUGCUUCUUGUAAUCAUUAAAAUAGGAUUAGUUGCCUCAUCUUCAUCAA